GGCUGUUUCCCCGAAGGCAGAAUAGGCCCUUCCUUCCAUCUUACAGCGUUUCGUUUUUCAACGUUUGUUUCAACGUUUGCCACACGGAAUAUUUCACUGUUAUAGACGGAAAAAGAGCUUGACGGCGGCUUGAUCUCUAUUUAAAGCAUUGGAAUUAAGGAAGGGGUUUAUAGAAAGAAGUAAUUUGGUUCUGAAAACUUCGUAGCGUGAGCGUAGGUAAUACUUAGACUAGGUAUCUAGGUUAUAUCUAGACUAGUCUAGGCUUGAUUUCUGGUAGUAUAUUGGGUGAUUAACGUUCAAGGUCUGCUGAUCCCGUCCCGAGCUUGCAAGUAGCUGAAUCCAGUUAUAUUUUUCAAGGAUAUUGGCGUUUCUUCCUUUCAAGAUGCCGGGAAAUCCAGUCUGUACAUUAUUUAUAGGAAACUUGGAUGAGAAAGUGGAUGAGCGGGUCCUUUACGAAAUUCUGAUUCAGGCAGGUCCUGUUGUUGACCUCUAUAUUCCAAGAGAUAAAGAGACAAACCGACACAAGGGUUAUGGCUUUGCAGAAUACGAAACAGAAGACAUUGCUCAAUAUGCAAUAAAGUUAUUUACAGGAUUGGUUUGCCUUAACAACAGAACUCUUCGUUUUGCGAUAUCAGGACAAGAUAAAGUAUCCCCUACUCAGAAUACUGUAAAACCACCCUCUUCCAUUCAGACACCGCCAGCUUUUGGGAAGCAAAAGCUUCCUGCCUCGCCUUACUCACCUGCAGAGAUGAUUUCUUCAAGGCAUUCACCUUACCUAUCUCCUGUGCCAAGCUACCCAUCAGCUUAUAAUAGUCGGGGAGCUAUAAAAAAUGGCUAUAACUCGGAGAAAUUUUCACCACAAUCACAACCACCAUACUAUAACAAUUCAAAAGUUGUCGAGGCAAAGAGGUUAGAUUCUUGCCUAACAUCAAUCCAUCAUAUGGGUCAUAGAUCUUCUGUCCAUGGUUCCACUUCAGGAUAUGCAUAUGCACAUCCUUCCUACUAGUUUGAGCAGGUUGGCCCACAUGUCUGUACCCUAUGUAUCAUAUGAUAGGAGGGAAAAUUUUGGAUUUUCCACGAGGAAGGAUCGGUCCCUUUACAUCCAAUGUUAUGGUGGUGGUCUAUUUUUUGCUUUUGUGGUUUUGGGGGACUAAUUUAUGAACUGAUAGCGUUUUCACAAGAUUAGAGCCCUAGUUUUGUUGAAAACACUAGACAGUUUGUUAACCUGUGUAGCAUAUAUACUCAGUUUGUCAGGGAUCUGAGGUCUAGUUUCCGGACGACGGCUGUUGCCUCGUAUCCUGAAUAGUAUUUCCUGUUUGAAUGGUUACUCAGGUGUAAAAUUAUCGCAUCUAUCUUAGAGCACUUAAAUCAUUGAUUUUUGUUUCAGUUUUUACAUCAAAUUUGCUCACUCGCUUCUGAACCUAUUUUGGUAUCCCGAAUGCGAAGUUAAAAUUUAUAUAUCCUAAUUAGAGCUGCUAAGGUUGUGCAGGGCCUAAUUGAAGGGUGUAGUAAACCAUGUUUGCUAACUAUCAGUUAGAAGAAUUUGUGUCAAAAAUCUAGUUUUCGCAAAGUAUUGUAGUAAUAAGCUCUAUAUAAAUUUGAAGUAAUGUUGCAUUUACUGUAUUUUAUACUUA